AUUCACAAAACAGAAAGUAAAGCAGAGAACAGGAAGUGUAACUGGUUUAUCCUCCCACUGAAAGCCCCAGAGAGAUGAGACUGUGUUUAGUCUUCAGUACUCUGUAAGUGAGAUACACUCAUCCGAACUUCACUUAGAGGGCAACUCUUCACAAAAGAUAACAAUGGACUUUACUGUCAUGAGGUUGGCUAUAGCUCAGAACAGUGAUGGAUUCAGACAUGUACUGAAAUCUUCAGGUGAUAACUUCAACCUCUCAGUGCUUCAGAAAGGAGACCUUAUUCUGAGGAAAUCGUUUGGUCCGGGUAAAAAGUUUUUCCAUGCUGGAAUUUACUGUGGAAAAAAUGAAGUCAUUCAGUUUACAUGUACAGUGCCUCCAGACCAAACCCAAAUAUCACCAUCAAGUUCUAGCAGCUCAAGUUGUAGCUGCUCAAGUUGUCAAUUAUUGACAAAUCACCAGGGGCUUGUGGACAAAAUAAGUGUGAAAAAAUUCAUUUCAGGCCAACUCUUCCACGUUUAUCGGUUGAAUAAUGGCCCCCGCGAAGAUCUCUCUCAGAGAAUUUCUUUGGCAAUGGAUGAUAAUCGAGACUAUCAUCUCUUAACAAAUAACUGUUUGCAUUUUGCACUUCGAGUUCUAGGGUUUUCACCAGGGCCCAUGCCAGAAAGCCCGCCACAGGAUACAGGUGUGGAAAUCAGUAUGGAAGAAACUACACAUCUGAUCGUUGUUUCUCCCCGGUGUGCUCCCGUACCUGUUUCCUGUGUCCUAGUUCCUGCCUGAGUCUUCCUGUGUCGUCGUCGUUCUUGGAUCUUCACCUUUCACUGGAUUACCGUUCACCUUCACGAGGAUUGCAUACUCACCGGGAUUCGAGGGAUCAUCACCGAAGCAAGCACCAUCAUUGUUGCCCACCGAGGUCCCUGUGUCACUGUGCCAUCAGCCUUGUGUCCGCCCCUGUGUUACCCUGUGAAAUGACUGUGAUUUUCUGACUUUUUGAGCUUGGUCAAUAAACACGCCUUGCGAUUACAUCCUGUCUCUGUGUUACGUAACACUGCCAUUGGAAAGCAGGUUCUGGCAUCCUGGAUGAGCUCACAUGAGCAUCAUAAAUAGCAGGCAGAACCUCCUGCAGACAUUUGACGUAAUCAUUUAAUAUGUGUAAAAUACCAUUUUUUUUUAUUAAUCUUGUAGUUGGCAAGUGUGAAUGUGUUUAGCAAAUUUAAUUCACUGUACUACAUAUGCUCAGAAACAGAAAUAUUAAUGUUCCAUGUCAGGUUAAAAAAAUAAACUAUUUAUUACCAGUCUUA